GUCGUUGUUGUCUGGCUGAGAGCGAAUUACUUUUCUGACAUUCUCAUCAUUGCUCCUGAGUCCUGAGCUCCUGUAAAAUAACAAGAAAACAGAGUCUGACAGACAACAGUAUUUUCAGUAUCUGUUCUUCACUAGAUCUACUAGAUCAUCUGAGGGAUUUGACUUAAUCAAGAUGCUGCUGAUCAUUGAAGCUCUUCUUCUCAUUUUAGCUGCUCUAGGACAGGAUCACGGAGAUGCUGUUGAAGGACAGAUAUUUCCACUGGAUAUGGCACCGAAUUCAGUUGAUGAUCAAUAUAAGGGCUGUAGAAAGAAAAUGGUGAACCUGGUGAAGACUAAAUAUCUGAAAAAGGAACUCAGUAACUCAGAUGAUUUUAGAAAUGCUUGGGAAAGAGGUGAAAAGAAUGUUACUCAUAAAUUCGUGAACAUUUUCAGUAAAUUAACAAAACAACAUAAAAUUGCUAUCUGGGUGUACACCGACCCAAAGUCUAAAAUAUAUGUUAAAUUCAACAAUGACACUCGUAAUGGCAAACAAAACUACAAAGACAAUACAUACAAAUGGUAUUCACUUCACUUUCUGUUAACAGAUGCGAUACAGAUUCUGAAGAAAAAACAAAAUAGAUGUUUUAAUACUUUUCGUGGUACAAAUGUUACAUUUAAUGGGCAAGUUUUUACAGGCAUUCGUUUUGGCUCAUUUACAUCCUCCUCUAAUAAUUCUAAUGUAGCAAAGACUUUUAAAACUGUAUCUUGUUUUGAAAUCUACACUUGUGAAGGUGCUGAUAUUACAAAAUAUUCUAGGCUUCGUCAUGAGGCAGAGGUGCUGAUUCCUCCAUAUGAGAUGUUUAAUGUCACUGAUGUCAAAAACAGGACAGAUCAGCCUGAUCUCUGGUGUGACACUGUGUUUAUGUUGAACAGCACUGGAACAAGAAGUGACCUGAAUUGUGCUCUAUUCAAGAAACCAACCAAGACCAUAAAGUACUAUGGUGUGCACUGAAUGAAUUCUUUGAAUUUAAAUUUGUUUGGAUUUAAAUUUGACUUUGGAAAAAUAAGUUCACAGAACAAAGUAAAUACAGAGUCUUUCAGUGGAAAAUAAGAUUGUAAAAUAAAAAAUAAAAUUGUUGUUUUUGAACAUUGAUUGUCUUGUUAUAUUGAAUCACAUCAUUUGUCUGAUUCUACAGUUAGGCUCACAAUGUAAACAUCAGCAAAUUAGAUUAUUGCUUAAGUUUUUUUUUUCUUUUCAGAUUCAACUUGUCAACCAAAUAAAUCUC